UUCUCUCUCCAAACUCGAUCAUCUCCAUUUAUACAAACUAAAACUAUAUUAUUAUAUUUCAUGUCAACGUAAAAUUAUAUAUUACUACGUAGUUAGCUAAUAUAUAUAUAUAUAUAUAUUGACGUUGAUAAUAGAAAUAAAAGUAAUAUAACAAAACAAUGAAUGAGGUUAUUAGCUCAACAUUGCCUUCUUAUUUUGAUGAAUGGGUCGAGGAUGAUAUCGACCUACUACAAGAUGUUCUCAAACACGCCGGACAACCACUUCCUGACUGUUGGUUGUCGGCUACUAUGCCGGACACCGUAAUAGAUGACCGACUAUUGAUUAGCUCCGCCUCAUCGUCGUCUUCAUCGUCGUCUGAUCAAAGCAACAAUAAUAAUGAUAAUGAUUUGCAAAUUCCGGUGAACCACCAGAAAGUGUUGACUGUUUAUUCAGGGCCUACACUUUUAGAUAUUGAGAAAGCUCUCUCACUCCCCACGCCUAAUUCACUUCCUAAACAACUCUUACAUUCCAGCGUGGUGUUAGAAAAAGAGUUGAGCAAAACCGAUAAUAAAUAUACCUUAAAAAUCAAAAGCAGUAACACUGGAAUGGCUGAUGAUGGCUACAAAUGGAGAAAGUAUGGCCAAAAACUUAUCAAGAACAGCCCUAAUCCCAGAAGCUACUACAAGUGCACAAAUCCAAGGUGCGGAGCCAAAAAGCAAGUAGAAAGGUCAAUAGAUGAGGCAGACACACUGAUUAUAACAUAUGAGGGUCUUCAUCUCCAUUUUGCAUACCCAUACUUUUCUAAUACCCAGAUUGAACAACCCUAUCCACCUUUAAAGAAGGCUAAGAAAACAAUAUCAGAUAUCCCUCAAGACGACACGAAAAAUGAACGAGUUCGGGUUGAAGCAAUAGGAGAGAUACAUGAUACUCAACAAACAACAACGCACCCUCAAAAAAAGAGUUUGCUUGAAGAUACUCAACAAACAAUAACGCUGCCACACGGUUUACUUGAAGAUACUCAACAAACAACAACGCAGCCUCAAGGUUUGCUUGAAGAUGUAGUACCUCUUCAAGUAAGAAACCCGUCUAAUGGCACCAUGUUUGAUAUUAUUACUUCUUCUUGUUCUAAUUUUUACCCUUCUAAGAUAGCUUCAUACACUUCUAUUACCUCACCACCUUAUUUCCCAUUACUUUAGGACUCUUUAACACGUCUACAUUUCUAUUCUUAAGUACUCCGUCUGUAUCUAAUAAAUAAUCGUUCAGAUACAACUUUUUUUAUGUGUCAAAUAUUGUAAUAUUAUUAAAACACAGUUGAUCACGGGCUUGGAGUGAUUAAGCACAAUUUCAUGUCUUGUGAGACCUUUGAUCCUUCGUUAAAAAUGCAGAAACGGAAAAUCAAAGGUAUCACAAUGAACCGCGAAAGGUCACACAAAAUCACAAGAUAGGAAACAAUGCUUAAGCACAGUUCAAGAGCUCUCAAUUAAUCAGUAGCUACAA